CUUCAAAUAUUUUCGCACAUGCAGUCAUUCAUUGAGCCUCUUCAGCACUAGCGCGCAGCUUUGCUUCCUGCCGAGUCCAGUGGCUGUUUGGACGAUGUUUGUGUGCAGAGCAGCCUGGCAGAGGUGUGGGCCUCUGGCGCGACAGUCCCUGUAUCGCGCGCACAACUAUAGAGAUGUAGUUCCUCGGAGGCUUAUGUCAUCAGUUCCUGGCGGCUCAGGCGAGAAUAUCCUUUAUGCCAUCCUCUGUGGUGGGACUUUUGCAGGUGCCUUAGCAUAUGCUUACAGGACUGUGGCAACAGACCAUGCCCGUUUUGUUGACCGUGUUUCUGAAAUUAAUGCUCGCCCCAAGUCAGAGUGGAAGCCCAAACCAUGGCCACCCAAGAGUGGGGAGGAAGGUGAUGAAGAAGGUGGAGAAGAGGUAGCAGGUGGGGUAGAGGACGGAGAGGUUGAAGAAAUAGCUGAGAGCACAGCCAAGGAGGAAAACAUAGCUGCUGAAGCUGAGGCAGCAUCAGAGGUCCAUCUGGGAGCGGUUGAGUCGGCAGGAACUCUGGAGACUGUUGUGGAAACCGUUGCCGAGACGGUUGUAGAGACUGCAGAAGUUGUCGCUGAGGUGGCAACGGUUGUCGCUGAAGCAGCAGAAGAGGUGGCAGCAGUGGCAGAGGAAGUGAAGAAGGUAGCAGAGGAAGUAGAGGAAGCAGCAGAGGCUGUUGUAGCUCCUGUCAUCCAAGCUGAAGAGCCUACAUCAGAGAGCAAUGUGGCUCAGUCACAGUUGAUCAGCCCAGUAACUGUGGAAACUGUAGAGCUGGCUGCUGCCUCUGUGAUCGAGGUUGUUCCUGUGGAACCUGUAGCAGUGGAAGAAGUGGUUGCUGGACCAGAGGCUUUAGUGACCAUUGAAGCAAUACCAGACAAGCCUGCUGAUGUGCCUGCAGUUGUUGAGUUAAGAAGCAAACUGGAAGCAGAUCUGGCACCCAUUGCCGCAGUGAUCGAGGAGUCACCAGUUUCUCUAGUAACAGCACCAGUAGCAGAGGAGGCACCAGUUGAUUCACCUGUUUCCCCAGAAGAGGUACCUAUUGCCCAUGUAACAGAAGAGGCUCAAGUUUCCACAGUAGCAGAGGAAUUAUCUGUUGUGAUAGAAGAAGCAUCUGGUUCCCCAUUUGCAGAGGAGGUAUCUGUUAUCCCACUGAUGGAAGAAGCACCAGUUGAAAUGGAGGCACCCGUUGCCCCUGUGAUAGAAGAGGCUCCAGUUUCACCAGUAGCAGAGGAAGCACCAAUAGUGGAAGAGGCACCAAUUUCCCCAAUAGCAGAGGAAGCACUAGAAGUGGGGGAGGCACCAGUAUCCCCAGAAGCAGAGGAGGCACCUGUUGCCUCUGUGAUAAAAGUGGCUCCAGUUUCAUCAGAAGUGCAGACACCAGUUGCCCCUGUAAUAGAAGAGGCACCUGUUUCCCCUUUAGCAGAUGAAGCACUAGUAGUAGAAGAGGCACCAAUUACCCCAGUAGUAGAAGAAGCACCAAUAGUGGAAGAGGCACCAAUUACCCAAGUAGUAGAGGAAGCACCAAUAGUGGAAGAGGCACCAAUUAUCCCAGUAGUAGAAGAAGCACCAAUAGUGGAAGAGGCACCAAUUACCCCAGUAGUAGAGGAAGCACCAAUAGUGGAAGAGGCACCAAUUACCCAAGUAGUAGAGGAAGCACCAAUAGUGGAAGAGGCACCAAUUAUCCCAGUAGUAGAAGAAGCACCAAUAGUGGAAGAGGCACCAAUUACCCCAGUAGUAGAGGAAGCACCAAUAGUGGAAGAGGCACCAAUUACCCCAGUACCAGAGGAAGCACCAUUUUCCCUGGUAGCGGAGGAAGCACUAGUAGUGGAGGAAGCACCAGUAUCCCCAGAAGCAGAGGUAUCUGAUGCCCUGGUGACAGAAGAGACACCAGUGUCCAUAGAAGCAGAUGAGGCACCUUUUUCGUUGGUAACAGUAGAACCUCCUGUUGCUGUGGCUGAAGAAGCGCAGCUUGUUGUAGCAACCGAGGAGGUAGUAGCUGCACAUGAGGAAACACCUGGAACCCCAGUAACAGAAGAGGCUCCCUUCAUUCCCAUAGUUGAGGAGGCCAUAGAGGCACCAGCAGUUGAGGAAGUGAUGGCAGCAGCAUGUUUAGAGAUGACUGCAGAAAGUGCAGUUGUGGAGGCUUCAGAAAGUAUGUUUGAGGAAGUAGCAGCAAAUCCAGUUGUGGAAGUUACAGAAAGUGUGGUUGAACCAGAUGUAGAGAGUGCAGUGGUGGCAGAUGCUACAGUUGAAUCAUCAAGUUUACCUGAUGUUUUGGAAGAUCCUGUUAAUGAAUCCAAACGAGACUUCAUAGUGGUGGUUCUGGAGGGAGCUCCCAAUACAGAGAAGAAGCCCAAGGUGCUGGGUGUGUCCCCCUUGACUGGCAGGAUCAUUCAAGCCCCUGAUGAUGAUAAGGAGUCAUCGGGACAGGGCAAGCGCCAUUUGCUUAAGGUACAGAUGCAUUAGCACCAGAUAAGAAAUUUAUGUUGUGAGAGAUUAGAUCUCCUGGGAUAGUGAAUUUAUUCCCUGAUUAAGAAUUGGCAAUAUGCCUUCCCCCUUCCCCAUAUCCUGCUUUCACUUUAAGCUCACCUUCAAUUUGACUCCUGGGUUUCAUGUGAUCUCAGCAUUUGCCUAACACCCCAGAAUGGGGCUACCUUCCCACUCAGUUGUGAAUACACAUCUCUUUUCAUAAGAACUCCACUGACAUUGAUGCAUAGUUACUCCAUGUGAAAAUGUACUUGAACAUUUUCACUUACUCUUGCAUGAAAAGCUGUGACCAAUCUUUAUACAUUUUUUUGCCUUUUUAAAAUGGAACUCCACCUUCUGUGUUUUCCAGUCAGUGGCAUUAUGUAGCCUACUAAACUACAGUUAACCUUACCUCAAACCUGACAGUAGUAGGACAUAUUUUCUAGUUGCCAUGUCAAAAGGUACUAUACCAGCAAAGCUGAAAAUUUGCCACAAAACACUGCCACACAUGCAAACUGAUUACCAGUUUUCUCUGGUUAGAGUUCAGGUUCUCCUCUUUCUUUGCUGUUAAGUUUUAAAAUCAGCACUAUAUUAGAUCUGAAUUAUUUUUGAAUUCACUAAUUUUGUUCCUUUCUACCUCAGCUUGAAUCCAUUUCCAAAUACAAAGACAGUAUUCUCCUUUUUACACUUUUCCAACAACCAGUAUUGACCUAGCAUUUAGUUAGCAACAUCAAUAGGUCAACAACACAACCAAAGACAAACAGAUUAAAGAAACAUAAUUAAUACAGUAUCAUCUUGUUAUAAAUUACAUUUAAUUCAUUUCAAUCAUUCUUUGUAUUAAAAGCAAACAGUACAAACGGUGUCCCAGAUGGCAUCCUCCGGCUGUUUUGCUUUCUUAGAUGGGUCUGUUGUGCCAUUAACAGUCAUCAUGAAGCUGGUAAACCCUCCUUUGGUUAUAAAACAUGUUGCUUGACAAAAGCAUAAGAGGUCACUUUCCUUGUUGUAGCAAAAAAAACAAACAACAAAAAAAAACAACCAAGCUUCUUAAGCCUAUAAUGCACAAAUGAUACUGACUGAAUCAAUCUCAUUUUAGAUGCUUGCAGCACAGGCAAUGUGUUAUGAAGCAUGGAUUACUGACAAUUAAUGACUAGUUAUAAAGCACUCUCACCAACUUUUACACAGAUUCUAGACUGAUAGACUUGACCCAAGAGGGCAAAUUAAGGUUAGUAGAAAAAUAUAGAAAUAUAAAAAAAACUAUUUUGUCUUUAAUUAAUGUCAUACAUAUUUGAAAAAGGGACCUUGAAUGAAAAAAAAGAGGAACUUUCCAGGAAUACUGUGAAGGUUUCAGUGUCAUAAAGAGUGUGUUCACGGGUGCUUUUUGAUGUUUAAAGGCUCAAGGGGUUGUGGUAUUUGUGCUGUUUUGUUUCUUUAACUGAAAGCCCUAAACCAGGGUAUUUUAACUGUGAAUGUAUAUCAAGGAUACAUUCAAUAAAGUUUCUUUGUGACUGUGUUUGAAUGAGAGGUGUUUGUAAUUAUAUUCUACACACACAUUAUAAACUCAUGUUACUUUUAAUGUUCUCAAUGCAUGCCGAGUUUCAACAGAAACAGUUACUAUACUGAAGCUCCCAUUUUAUUGUAUUAUAUCAUUCAUAUUGGUUUUUAUUAUAUAUUAUAUUUGUAUCACCCUAUUAAUUAUUACAGAUCAGCUAUUUUCAAACGGAUCUUUCUUAAGUUUGAGCGCGCGCAAGCAGCCAUGACGGGCGUUGGUGACGUCACGCGCGGUUGCUGCGCAGUUCGUCAGUCUGAUCCUGCUAACGGGAGGCCCGAAGGCAGCUACAUAAACAUGACCUACUAAAACAACGCAACCUGCAGAAAGCGAAUUGUUUUUGUUAUUUACACUUACUAAACAGACGUGUUGCAUGCGUGGCCUUUAUCAACGAGCAUCUAGCGCGAUUUGAGCAGCUUUAGCGUUAGCCAGUCAAUCUAACAUUAGCAUGUUAACCCAGUGACUGAGUGCUCUCGACUGACCUGCGGCGCUCCAAACGACAAUAAAUCACGACAAACGGAGAGCAACCCUUAUGGAAGCGGAAGAUAUUUCUCUAGACAUUCUGACCCUAAAUAAUGGAUUUGUAACAAUUUCUUUAUAUUUUUGUAUAGGGAUGUAGACAAUUAACUGAGUAACCGGGUUUAAAAUUUUGUACGACUGUUAAGAUUGGUUAAAAAUGAACUGAGAGGUUAACUGAAGAAAUAACAGAGAUGUGAUUUGAUGGGUUUUAUCAUGUAGGGCAUGUUCUUAUCUACUGCUUUGUUCAAAAUGUAUAUCCUCUUCAAAACUUUUGAA